GGAAAGGAAGCGCCCAUGUCCGAGCACAGGACACUGUCCAAUCAGGAAGGAAAGGGCGGGUUUCUUUUUUUAAAGGGCAAGGGAGCGGGAUCAGCUGACUCCCGGUUUCCUCCGCUCCCCUGCAGCUCCCAGUCUGUGUCUUGGGUCAUGGAGAAGGGACCAGAUCCCCAGGAGACCCAGUCGCCGGGGUCGUACCGAGUCCGCGGGGUCUGGGUUUCCCUGGUGAGCCUUCUGCUGCUGCCGCCGGGUGCAGCAUCGUGGAUGCCCGAUGACUUCAGCCUGGUACAACCAUUGGUGACUUUGGAGCAACUCCUUUGGGUGAGUGGGAAACGAAUUGGGAGCGUAGACACUUUCAGAAUACCUCUGAUCUCAGCCACUCCCAGAGGGACCCUUCUUGCCUUUGCAGAGGCCCGGAAGAUGUCAUCCUCUGAUGAAGGGGCUAAGUUCAUUGCCAUGCGGAGGUCAACAGAUGGAGGUGCCACAUGGUCUCCCACAUCAUUUAUAGUGGAUGAUGGGGAUAUUCCAGAUGGACUGAACUUGGGGGCUGUGGUUGGGGAUGUUGAAACGGGUACCGUGUUCCUCUUCUAUUCUCUCUGUGCGCAUUAUGUUGGAUGUUCCGUGGCUUCCACCAUGCUGGUGUGGAGCAAGGAUGAUGGCAUCACUUGGAGCCCACCCAGAAACCUCUCUUUGGAUAUUGGAACUGAAAUGUUUGCUCCAGGACCAGGCUCUGGCAUUCAGAAGCGGCAUGAGCCACAUAAGGGCCGGCUCAUUGUCUGUGGCCAUGGAACCCUGAAGCGUGAUGGGGUCUCCUGCCUCAUUAGUGAUGACAAAGGAGCAUCCUGGCACUAUGGUGGUAGUAUCAGUGGGAUUCCCUUUGGGGAACCCAAGAAGCCAAAUGACUUCAAUCCUGAUGAAUGCCAGCCCUACGAACUCCCUGAUGGCUCCGUCGUUAUUAAUACCCGAAACCAGAAUAACUAUCAUUGUCACUGCCGCAUCAUUCUCCGAAGUUAUGAUGCUUGUGAAACCCUCCGGCUCCAAGAUGUGACCUUCGACAAAGAGCUCAUCGACCCCGUUGUGGCUGCAGGAGCUGUGGCCACCAGCACUGGUCUGGUCUUCUUCUCGAAUCCAGCUCAUCCAGAAUAUCGGGUAAAUCUGACUUUACGCUGGAGUUUCAGCAAUGGUACUACAUGGUGGAAAGACACACUUCAGCUGUGGCCAGGUCCCAGUGGUUACUCAUCUUUGACAGUUGUGGAGGGAGAUCGAACUUGGGGAGAUGGGACCCCACAGGUCUAUGUCCUAUAUGAAAAGGGUCGAAAUGAUUACCUCGAGAGUAUCUCUCUAGCCAAGAUCAGUGUCUAUGGCACUCUUAGCACUACCCUCCAGCAGGAGAGAGAAGAUAAAGUGCCAGGUGCACCUUAGACUUCACCUUUUAGAAACAUGUUGAUCCAUCAUCGUUGGACAUUUAUGACUUUUUCCUAAGAAGUCAGGACUUUUGGAAUAGUCAUCUUCCCUUUGAUAGGGAGAUAUCUCCUUUAAGACUUUUUGUCUUAUCUCCUCUAACAAACACUAAGGUCCUCUUUCCCCCUGAGCCUUCCUUUCUUCGCCAAUCAUAAUGUCUUUUUUUUGCUAAAGAGAUGAGACCCUACUUCUCUGCAUUCUCUAGAUUCUAAUAAUAUCUCUCUUAGGGCAAUAGAUUGUCCCUGCUCCUGACUCUUCUGAUCCUUGCUUUCCUAUCCCACUGUGCUUCAGAGUGGGGAAUGAAUUUGCACAAACCUGAACUCAGGGACUUCUAAUUGGAAUGGGUGCUGGAAUUUAGAGUGGGAUAUAUUUGUUGGGGGAGGAAUUUUGGAUGAGGAAAAGAUACCUUGGGACUGUUUACAUACAGAUCAAUAAGUUAAUCGGUUAAAUUAGUGGUUUUAAUGAAGGAAAAUGAGAAUUUGCCAAUGACUAUUUAUUAAAGCAAUGAUUUGAAUCUC